CUCCCGCGGCGUGGGGUCCAUCGCUCCCCCUCUCCCCUCCUUGCCGCCUCUCCUCGCUCUGCCUCUCUCGGUUUAUUUUUUCAAACGGUGUGGCCGCCAGAGGUGCGGGGCUAAAUUCUUGGAAGGGGCCCGGAUGUACCGAGGAUGCAUUACAAUUCCACUCAAGGAGGCAGUAGUGGAAAGGAUCAGUUUUUGGUAUUUGAUGCAAUAAUGGGAAUCAGGUAAUCAUCGGAAGGGAAGAGGAAAUACUGCGGAUCCACGGCUUCCUUGAAUUUUGCACGAAAGCCGCCGACCUCGGAGGAGGGAUUAAUCCAGACCCGCUUGGGGUGUUUUGACAUUUCUUCCUCUUUGUGGCUUCUUCUCCUUUUAAGACAAUUUUUGGUCAAUGGUCAAUGAAAACACGAGGAUGUACAUUCCGGAGGAAAACCACCAAGGUUCCAACUAUGGGAGCCCGCGCCCAGCUCAUGCCAACAUGAAUGCCAAUGCGGCUGCGGGGCUUGCCCCUGAGCACAUCCCCACCCCGGGGGCGGCCCUGUCCUGGCAGGCAGCCAUCGAUGCGGCCCGGCAGGCCAAGCUGAUGGGCAGUGCUGGCAACGCGACCAUCUCCACCGUCAGCUCCACGCAGCGGAAGCGGCAGCAGUAUGGGAAACCCAAGAAGCAGGGCAGCACGACCGCCACACGCCCACCCCGCGCCCUGCUCUGCCUGACUCUGAAGAACCCCAUCCGGAGGGCGUGCAUAAGCGUCGUUGAGUGGAAAUAUCCUUUACCAUUUGAAAUAAUUAUUUUACUGACUAUUUUUGCCAAUUGUGUGGCCUUAGCGAUCUAUAUUCCCUUUCCAGAAGAUGACUCCAACGCCACCAAUUCCAACCUGGAACGAGUGGAAUAUCUCUUUCUCAUAAUUUUUACUGUGGAAGCAUUUUUAAAAGUAAUAGCCUAUGGACUUCUCUUUCAUCCCAAUGCUUACCUCCGCAACGGUUGGAAUUUACUAGACUUUAUAAUUGUGGUUGUAGGGCUUUUUAGUGCAAUUUUAGAACAAGCGACCAAAGCCGAGGGGGCCAACGCUCUAGGAGGGAAAGGGGCAGGAUUUGACGUGAAGGCGCUGAGGGCCUUCCGCGUGCUGCGCCCCUUGAGGCUGGUGUCCGGAGUCCCGAGUCUCCAGGUGGUUCUGAAUUCCAUUAUCAAGGCCAUGGUCCCCCUACUGCAUAUCGCUCUGCUAGUGCUAUUUGUCAUCAUCAUCUACGCUAUUAUCGGCCUGGAGCUCUUCAUGGGAAAGAUGCAUAAGACCUGCUACAACCAGGAGGGCAUAGCAGAUGUUCCAGCAGAAGACGAUCCUUCCCCUUGUGCUCUGGAGACAGGCCACGGGCGGCAGUGCCAGAACGGCACUGUGUGCAGGCCCGGGUGGGAUGGGCCCAAGCAUGGCAUCACCAACUUUGACAAUUUUGCCUUCGCCAUGCUGACGGUGUUCCAGUGCAUCACCAUGGAGGGCUGGACUGACGUGCUGUACUGGGUCAAUGAUGCCGUAGGAAGGGACUGGCCCUGGAUCUAUUUUGUUACACUAAUCAUCAUAGGGUCAUUUUUUGUACUUAACUUGGUUCUCGGUGUUCUUAGCGGAGAGUUUUCCAAAGAGAGGGAGAAGGCCAAGGCUCGGGGAGAUUUCCAAAAGCUGCGAGAGAAGCAACAGCUAGAGGAGGACCUAAAAGGCUACCUGGACUGGAUCACCCAGGCAGAAGACAUCGACCCCGAGAAUGAGGACGAAGGCAUGGAUGAGGAGAAACCCCGAAACAUGAGCAUGCCUACAAGUGAGACCGAGUCUGUCAACACAGAAAAUGUGCCUGGAGGUGACAUCGAGGGAGAGAACUGCGGGGCCAGGCUGGCCCACCGGAUCUCCAAGUCUAAGUUCAGCCGCUACUGGCGCCGGUGGAACCGGUUCUGCAGAAGAAAGUGUCGCGCAGCGGUCAAGUCUAACAUCUUCUACUGGCUGGUGAUUUUCCUGGUGUUCCUCAACACGCUCACCAUCGCCUCAGAGCAUUACAACCAGCCCCACUGGCUCACAGAAGUCCAAGACACCGCCAAUAAGGCACUGCUGGCCCUUUUCACGGCGGAGAUGCUGCUGAAGAUGUACAGCCUGGGCCUGCAGGCCUACUUUGUGUCCCUCUUCAACCGCUUCGACUGCUUCAUCGUGUGCGGGGGCAUCCUGGAGACCAUCCUGGUGGAGACCAAGAUCAUGUCUCCCCUGGGCAUCUCUGUGCUGAGAUGUGUCCGGCUACUGAGGAUAUUUAAAAUCACAAGGUACUGGAACUCCUUAAGCAACUUAGUGGCAUCCUUGCUGAAUUCUGUGCGCUCCAUCGCCUCCCUGCUGCUACUCCUCUUCCUCUUCAUCAUCAUCUUCUCCCUCCUGGGGAUGCAGCUCUUUGGAGGGAAGUUCAACUUUGAUGAAAUGCAGCCCCGCAGGAGCACGUUUGAUAACUUUCCCCAGUCCCUUCUCACCGUGUUUCAGAUCCUGACCGGGGAGGACUGGAAUUCGGUGAUGUAUGAUGGGAUCAUGGCUUAUGGCGGCCCCUCUUUUCCAGGGAUGUUAGUCUGUAUUUACUUCAUCAUCCUCUUCAUCUGUGGAAACUAUAUCCUACUAAAUGUGUUCUUGGCCAUUGCUGUGGACAACCUGGCUGAUGCUGAGAGCCUCACAUCUGCCCAAAAGGAGGAGGAAGAGGAGAAGGAGAGAAAGAAGCUGGCCAGGACUGCCAGCCCAGAGAAGAAACAAGAAGGGAUGGAGAAGCCAGCAGUGGAGGAGACCAAGGAGGAGAAAAUUGAGCUGAAAUCCAUUACAGCUGAUGGAGAGUCCCCACCCACCACCAAGAUCAACAUGGAUGACCUCCAGCCCAAUGAAAAUGAGGAUAAGAGUCCCUACUCCAACCCAGAAACUGCAGGAGAAGAGGAUGAGGAGGAGCCUGAGAUGCCUGUGGGCCCCCGCCCACGACCACUCUCUGAGCUGCACCUUAAGGAAAAGGCAGUGCCCAUGCCAGAAGCCAGUGCAUUUUUCAUCUUCAGCUCCAACAACAGAUUUCGCCUCCAGUGCCACCGCAUUGUCAAUGACACGAUCUUCACCAACCUGAUUCUCUUCUUCAUUCUGCUCAGCAGCAUUUCCCUGGCUGCUGAGGAUCCCGUCCAGCACACCUCCUUCAGGAACCAUAUCCUAGGCAAUGCAGACUAUGUCUUCACUAGUAUCUUUACCUUAGAAAUUAUCCUUAAGAUGACUGCUUAUGGAGCUUUCCUGCACAAGGGCUCUUUUUGCCGGAACUACUUCAACAUCUUGGACCUGCUGGUGGUCAGCGUGUCCCUCAUCUCCUUCGGCAUCCAGUCCAGUGCAAUCAAUGUUGUGAAGAUCUUACGAGUUCUCCGAGUCCUCAGGCCCCUGAGGGCCAUCAACAGAGCCAAGGGGCUAAAGCACGUGGUUCAGUGUGUGUUCGUUGCCAUCCGGACCAUUGGGAACAUCGUAAUUGUCACCACACUGCUUCAGUUCAUGUUCGCCUGCAUUGGGGUUCAGCUCUUCAAGGGAAAGCUCUACACCUGUUCAGAUAGUUCCAAACAGACAGAGGCAGAAUGCAAGGGUAACUACAUCACAUACAAGGAUGGGGAGGUUGACCACCCCAUCAUCCAGCCCCGCAGCUGGGAGAACAGCAAGUUUGACUUUGACAAUGUUUUGGCGGCCAUGAUGGCCCUCUUCACCGUCUCCACCUUUGAAGGGUGGCCAGAGCUGCUGUACCGCUCCAUCGACUCCCACACAGAAGACAGGGGCCCCGUCCACAACUACCGCGUGGAGAUCUCCAUCUUUUUCAUCAUCUACAUCAUCAUCAUUGCCUUCUUCAUGAUGAACAUCUUCGUGGGUUUCGUCAUCGUCACCUUCCAGGAGCAGGGGGAGCAGGAGUACAAGAACUGUGAGCUGGACAAGAACCAGCGGCAGUGUGUGGAAUACGCCCUCAAGGCCCGGCCCCUGCGGAGGUACAUACCCAAGAACCAGCACCAGUACAAAGUGUGGUACGUGGUCAACUCCACCUACUUUGAGUACCUGAUGUUCGUCCUCAUCCUGCUCAACACCAUCUGCUUGGCCAUGCAGCACUACGGUCAGAGCUGCCUGUUCAAAAUCGCCAUGAACAUCCUCAACAUGCUCUUCACAGGCCUCUUCACCGUGGAGAUGAUUCUGAAGCUCAUUGCCUUUAAACCCAAGGGUUACUUUAGUGAUCCCUGGAAUGUUUUUGACUUCCUCAUCGUUAUUGGCAGCAUAAUUGACGUCAUUCUCAGUGAAACUAAUCCAGCUGAACAUACCCAAUGCUCUCCCUUUAUGAAUGCAGAGGAGAAUUCCCGCAUCUCCAUCACCUUCUUCCGCCUCUUCCGGGUCAUGCGCCUGGUCAAGCUGCUGAGCCGUGGGGAGGGCAUCCGGACCCUGCUGUGGACCUUCAUCAAGUCCUUCCAGGCCCUGCCCUAUGUGGCGCUUCUGAUAGUGAUGCUGUUCUUCAUCUAUGCCGUGAUUGGCAUGCAGGUGUUUGGGAAAAUUGCCCUGAAUGACACCACAGAGAUCAACCGCAACAACAACUUUCAGACCUUCCCCCAAGCUGUGCUGCUCCUCUUCAGGUGCGCCACAGGGGAGGCAUGGCAGGACAUCAUGCUGGCCUGCAUGCCGGGGAAGAAGUGUGCCCCAGAGUCAGAGCCCAGCAACAGCACAGAAGGGGAAACUCCCUGUGGCAGCAGUUUCGCCGUCUUCUACUUCAUCAGCUUCUACAUGCUCUGUGCCUUCCUGAUCAUCAACCUCUUUGUAGCUGUCAUCAUGGACAACUUUGACUACUUGACAAGGGACUGGUCAAUCCUUGGUCCCCACCAUCUGGAUGAAUUUAAAAGAAUCUGGGCAGAGUAUGACCCUGAAGCCAAGGGUCGUAUCAAACACCUAGAUGUGGUGACACUGCUCCGGCGGAUUCAGCCCCCACUGGGUUUUGGGAAGCUGUGCCCUCACCGAGUGGCUUGCAAACGCCUGGUCUCCAUGAACAUGCCGCUAAAUAGCGAUGGGACGGUCAUGUUCAAUGCCACCCUGUUUGCCCUAGUCCGGACAGCCUUGAGGAUCAAAACAGAAGGGAACCUAGAACAAGCCAAUGAGGAGUUGCGGGCUAUAAUCAAGAAGAUCUGGAAGCGGACCAGCAUGAAGCUGCUGGACCAAGUGGUGCCCCCUGCAGGUGAUGAUGAGGUCACAGUUGGCAAGUUUUACGCUACUUUCCUGAUCCAAGAGUACUUCCGGAAAUUCAAGAAGCGCAAAGAACAGGGCCUUGUGGGCAAGCCCUCCCAGAGGAACGCGCUGUCCCUGCAGGCUGGCUUGCGUACACUGCACGACAUCGGGCCCGAGAUCCGCCGGGCCAUCUCUGGAGACCUGACGGCCGAGGAGGAGCUGGACAAGGCCAUGAAGGAGGCUGUGUGUGCUGCCUCCGAGGACGACAUCUUCAGGAGGGCCGGUGGCCUGUUCGGUAACCACGUCAGCUACUACCAAAGCGACGGCCGGAGCGCCUUCCCCCAGACCUUCACCACCCAGCGCCCGCUGCACAUCAACAAGGCGGGUAACAGCCAAGGCGACACUGAGUCGCCAUCCCACGAGAAACUGGUGGACUCCACUUUCACCCCCAGCAGCUACUCGUCCACUGGCUCCAACGCCAACAUCAACAAUGCCAACAACACUGCCCUGGGCCGCUUCCCCCGCCCCACCGGCUUCCCCAGCGCGGUCAGCACCGUGGAGGGCCACGGGCCCCCCCUGUCUCCUGCCAUCCGGGUGCAGGAGGCAGCGUGGAAGCUCAGCUCUAAGAGGUGCCACUCCCGGGAGAGCCAGAUAGCCAUGGUGUGUCAGGAGGAGGCCUCUCAGGACGAGACCUAUGACUUGAAGAUGAGUGAAGACGCCGAGCACUGCGGCGAGCCCAGCCCCAUCUCCACAGAGAGGCUCUCCUAUCAGGAUGAUGAGCAUCGACAACUGACACCCCCCAAGGAGGAUGAGAGGGACAUCCGGCAAUCUCCAAAGAGGGGUUUCCUCCGCUCUGCCUCCCUAGGUCGGAGGGCCUCCUUCCACCUGGAAUGUCUGAAGCGACAGAAGAAUCAAGGUGGAGACAUCUCUCAGAAGACAGUCCUGCCCUUGCAUCUGGUUCAUCAUCAGGCAUUGGCAGUGGCGGGCCUGAGCCCCCUCCUCCAGAGAAGCCAUUCCCCCACCACGUUCCCCAGGCCCUGUGCCACGCCCCCUGCCACGCCUGGCAGCAGAGGCUGGCCCCCAAGGCCCAUCCCCACCCUACGGCUGGAGGGGGCCGAGUCCAGCGAGAAACUCAACAGCAGCUUCCCGUCCAUCCACUGCAGCUCCUGGUCUGGGGAACCCAUGGCCUGUGGUGGGGGCAGCAGCGCCAUCCGGAGAGCACGGCCUGUGUCCCUCACUGUGCCCAGCCAGGCGGGGGCCCCGGGCAGGCAGUUCCAUGGCAGUGCCAGCAGUCUGGUUGAAGCGGUCUUGAUUUCAGAAGGACUGGGGCAGUUUGCUCAAGAUCCCAAGUUUAUCGAGGUCACAACCCAGGAGCUGGCUGACGCCUGUGACAUGACAAUAGAGGAGAUGGAGAAUGCCGCCGACAACAUCCUCAGUGGGGGCACCCGGCAGAGCCCCAACGGCACCCUCUUACCUUUUGUUAACUGCAGGGACCCAGGGCAGGACAGAGCAGGGGGCGAGGAGAACGAGACCUGUGCACCCGCCCUGGAGUGUGGGAAGGGCGAGGGGGAGCUCCAGGACAGCAGAGCCUACGUCAGCAACCUGUAGGAGCUAGGGCCGGGGAGAUGCUGGGUUUUUUAUUUGUUUCAAUGUUCCUAAUGGGUUCGUUUCAGAAGUGCCUCACUGUUCUCGUGACCUGGAGUUAACCGGAACAGCGUCUUCAUUCAUUUCGUUGGGACAAGACGCAGAGUUGGGUGGUGUGGAGAGUCAGCUUUUCAGGGGGAUGAGAAGCAACAACCCCAGUGUGUGUCCACAGAGGUAGAGUGGGGAGGAGGAGGAGGUGGAAGAAUCAGGGAGGGAGAGCAAGAGGAGAGACGCCUGCCCUCCCACAAUAUUUCAGGCCCUGCACCAGGAACCAACAGUCGCCUCUGGGCAUGAAAGAGAACCUCAGCUUCCUGCGGUCGCCCUCACCAAAAGGACCCUAUGUCAAACGGGUGUCUUUCAACCUUGCUUGUAAAAAAAAAUCAUUUUGCACAUAUUCUGUAUGAGCCUCACUGUCUCAUAGAGCCAGGGCCCUGUGGAUUUGCAGAAGGAAGCAGGGCGUGACUUCAGCAAGGACCCAGCCCCACCCUAGAGAGGGAGGAGGAGGCAGCAAGAGGCUACAGGAGCUCAGGGAGCCAGGAUGGAGGGCGAGGGACGCGUGGCAGCGCGUGGCAGCGUUGCAGCUUCACACCGAGGCCCCAGCCACCCCCCACCUGCAUCGGGAGCAGCCUACCUGCACAGGCCACACCGAGCUCAGAGCUCCAGACCAGCGGCCAGGCCAGCAUCAGGGCUUGGGGGAGCCAGCCCUGCCGCCGCGCCAGGAAGGGGCAGCUCGCUCCCAACCACAAGAGGCGGUGCUGAGCUCCUGUUGAGCGCUCUUUUGUUUUGUGGUUUGACAUUUUUCUUGACAGCAUGUUGCAGUUUUUGUUUUGGGGUUUUUUUUUAAUUAUUAUUUUGUUUUCCCGGGGGAGGGGAGGAAGAAGAGUGUUUACAAAGUUUCGUAGCUACCCACUUUGCUGUUUUCACUUUUGCAAAUGUAAAUCAGGUCUGGUUUUAUUGUAUUAUUUAAACGGUUGUGGUAUCCUUUCUCUAUGGAGGGUUCAAUAGAGCUGCUGUAGGAGAGUUUUACCAGCCAUUGUGUAUGCCCAAUAAUUUGUUUUAAUUUCCGUAGAUAAUAACAAAAAUUGGAGGGGUUUGGUUUUAGAAUUUAAGGGUAAUCAGCAAUGCACUCGCUAUGGUCUUGCACACAUGGGUGAUUGAGUCAGGUUCUUUUUAAUGCUGGGUGUGUUAGUGGGUGCCAGCGAGAGGAAGCAUGUAUGACAGAGUCUCUGUGAGUGUGUGUGUUCUGUGUGUGUGUAUUGGGUUGUCUGUGUGUGUCGUACAUGUGUAUGUGCACCCACACAGUGCACCCUAUGCGUGCACAUGAGUCCACAGCUCCCCCUUCUGGUUUAACUGUGGGGAGAUCUGAACCUGGGGCCAUUUGAAAGCAAAAGCAAACCACUGUCUCUACUUCUGAAACGGGAAUCAGUAACUCUUUGCAUUUUCUGUCCCACAAGAUAUGCAAAAACAAUGCAAUAAUAUUCAUUUUAAAACUACAAUUGUGAGUUGUGUUGGCAUUAAAACUGUAUUUAAAAAAAAAUACACAGAAAUUUUAGGGAAAACUUGAGAAGGCAUUUUGCUUCGAUAUAUUCCGUGUAAUGUUUUAUUGCAUUGAUAAUGUUUCUGUUGAAGAAACUGUUAUACUUGAAUUCAGGUCAGUUUCAGUAUUUUACAAAUAUUUUUUUAAAACUGAAUUGCAAU